AAAGUGUUGUUGUUUUCGACUUGGCUUGUCUUUUGAUUUAAUGACUUGUUUUCUUUACCCAUGUAUUUAUGUAAGGGUUUCAAAGAAAUUGAUUUGUUAGAUUUGUAACUCAAAAAUGUAAAGUCAAAACAACAACGUCCAAGUUAUACAGUACUACCUAGUGGAUUUGCAAUACAUUUUACAAUGAGUGCCGACAAUCAAAUUACAUCUAUUGUCAGUGAUAUUUUGAAAGUUGAGGGCAUAGAAGAAGCCUUUAGCUGCUUUUUAGUCCACAAGACUGACCCCGAGACAGAAAAUGCGAACAGGCAAGAAUUACAAAAUGUGUUGGCUGGGUUGCCUGCUGAACAACAAGAAGUUGCGCUUAAACAGUAUCUCUCAUUGGCCGCUACCAUGACAAAUCAUAGCCAACUCCAGUUACUUCUCAACCUUUUAGAACACAUGGUGGCAAAUUCAAUCGUACCAGCCAGAAUGGUUUGUGAAUGUAUACUAACUCAUGAAAAGCUCCAGUACCAAGAAGCUGAUUUUUGGGUUGAAUGUUUUCAUCUCAUACGCAAGAUUAUCGGAGGGGUGGACUACAAGGGUGUUCGAGAAAUAAUGAAGGGAUGUCGUGAAAAAGCACAGACGUUACCUUCACAACUCAACGGAUCAGCCAUGCCUCAGAUGAAGGCUCUGGAAGUGGUGUUGGAGUAUAUAUUUGAUCGCAACGCUUGCCUCUUGCCUGGAUAUUUUAUCGCCAACGAGAUCCAGAAGGUCUACCCUGAGGGUAAAAACUGGCCACAUUGGAAACUAGCCAACCUGCUUUCUAAUUUUGUGGAUGGUUUCCGAGAUACUGCUCAGAUGGUUUCUAUUAUCGGCCAUUCCUCGAUGCGCCCAGUAGUCGAACAUUCUGGGUACGCUGAUCAUGUGAUAAACCCGUGGAAGUUGGAUCCGACGACGCUCAAGUUUUCUCUGAAAGGAAAUCUACCAUAUGAGAAGGCUCUUCUGGAACCUCAGACAAAACUGUUGCGAUAUGUUCUUGAACAACCUUACUCCAGAGAUAUGGUGUGCUCUAUGCUGGGUCUGCAGAAACAGCACAAACAGAGAUGUGUGGCACUGGAGGAACAGUUAGUAGAGUUGGUGAUUCUGGCGAUGGAACGAAGUGAGAACGACAAUUCCAUCUCAGAUUCAGAGGAGAUCACCACCACUCAUUGUUUGUGGCUGCAUCUGUCCAGUCAGCUGAUCUACUUUGUACUCUUCCAGUUCGCUACGUUCCCCAACAUCGUCAUGGCCCUGCACAACAAGCUGGCUGGAAGGGAUUUGAGAAAAGGCAGAGACCAUCUUAUGUGGGUGUUACUACAGUUCAUCUCAGGCAGUAUACAAAGGAAUCCUCUAAGCAACUUUUUGCCGAUGUUGAAGCUGUACGAUUUACUGUACCCAGAGAAAGAGCCUCUACAAGUACCUGAUGUCAACAAGCCUCUGUGCACACACCAGAUGGCAAUCACCUGUAUCUGGAUACACUUGCUGAAGAAGGCACAGACAGACCAGGUCAACAUACAGCGACCCAUCCCUCACACACUCAAGGUCCACCAUGACUAUCUUCAACACCUAGUGCUGCCCAACAACGCCAACCUUUGCAUGGGCUCCGACUACCGCAUAGCUCUGCUGUGCAACGCCUACUCCACCAACACCGAGUACUUCAACAGACCCAUGCAAGCAUUGGUGGACACCAUCCUCGGUAAUCAGAAGGGUCCCCAGCAGACUCCUGUGCCUCCAUUGCUCAACAACGCGGCUUUAGCUAAUGGACCUACGACACCCUUGUCCAUGUCCAUCUUGGACUCUCUGACCGUGCACUCUAAGAUGAGCCUGAUACAUGCUAUAGUCACACAUGUGAUCAAACUGGCGCAAGCCAAGUCCAACAUGGCGCUCAGUCUGGCGCCGGCACUCGUGGAGACCUACAGUAGACUCCUGGUGUACACUGAGAUAGAGAGUCUGGGAAUCAAGGGGUUUAUCAGUCAGUUACUGCCCCAGGUGUUCAAGUCUCAUGCGUGGGGUAUCCUGUACACUCUGCUGGAGAUGUUCAGUUACCGCAUGCACCACAUACAGCCUCACUACAGGGUCCAGCUGUUGUCACACCUACACAACUUGGCCGCCGUCCCGCAGACCAAUCAGACACAGUUACAUCUCUGUGUGGAGAGCACAGCACUGAGGCUCAUCACAGGUCUAGGCAGUGCCGAGGUACAGCCACAACUGUCUAGGUUCCUGGGAGAACCUAAGACUCUGGUGUCCGCUGAGAGUGAAGAGCUCAACAGGGCUUUGGUGUUGACGAUUGCCAGGUCAAUGCACGUGACAGGGACAGGAUCCGACCCGUUGUCCGGCAGCUGGUGUAAGGAGCUGUUGAACACCAUCAUGCAGAACACUCCACACAACUGGGCCAAUCACACAUUGCAGAGCUUUCCUCCGGUGCUCAAUGAGUUCUUCCAACAAAACAGUGUGCCCAAGGCCAACAAGCAACAGCUCAAGAAAGCUGUGGAGGAAGAAUAUCGCAACUGGGCUUCCAUGAACAAUGAGAACGACAUCAUUGCACACUUCUCCGUUCCAGGCACUCCGUCUUUGUUUCUAUGUCUCUUGUGGAAGAUGAUCAUGGAGACAGAUAGAAUCAGCCCGAUUGCCUACAAAAUCCUAGAGAGGAUAGGAGCUCGGGCGUUGUCAAGCCACCUGCGUAACUUCUGUGACUACAUAGUGUUUGAGUUUGUGGCCACAGGAGAGGGUCAGGUGGUCAACAAGUGUGUGGACGCGAUCAACAGCAUGGUGUGGAAAUACAACAUCAUCACCAUAGACAGACUAGUGCUGUGUCUGGUACUAAGAACUCAAGAAGGCAAUGAAGCCCAAGUUUGCUUCUUUAUCAUUCAGCUGUUGUUGUUGAAAGCUGCAGAGUUCCGCAGUAGAGUGCAAGAAUUUGUGAAGGAAAACUCUCCUGAACAUUGGAAACAAUCAAACUGGCAUGAGAAGCACCUGGCGUUCCAUCGUAAGUAUCCAGAGAAGUUUGCUCCGGAAGGUGUUCUGGAACAGACCGGAGGAGCUUCUUCCCCGUACCAGUCUCUACCUGUGUACUUCGGCAACGUCUGUCUCAGGUUUCUACCUGUCUGUGAUAUAAUGAUCCACCGCUACCUUGAGCUACCCCCUGUGUCUAAGUCUUUGGAAAUACUGUUGGAUCACCUGGGAUGCCUUUACAAAUUCCAUGAUAGGCCAGUGACGUAUCUGUACAACACGCUGCACUAUUACGAGCACAACUUGCGGGAGCGGCCGGCACUCAAGCGACGGCUAGUGUCAGCUGUGCUCGGGUCUCUCAAGGACAUCAGAGCGCCUGGGUGGGGUCUCAGUGACCCAUACACAGCUUACAUGGCCGACCCAGGACUCUCAUGGGAACCCCACCUCGACUACUACAUUCAGUUGGUCCGUCGGAUCGUAGACACCAUGGCAGGGACGGCUAGUUUCCCGGCGACAGACUGGCGCUUCAACGAGUUCCCCAACCCAGCGGCUCACGCUCUCUACAUGACCUGUGUCGAGCUGAUGGCAGUGCCAGUCACACCGGCCACUGUGGGCACUUGUCUACUGGACGUCAUUGCUAAAGGGUACACAGUUAUACCCUCAUCUCAGAUCCAACUAUGGAUCAACUCUGUUGGUUUGCUGAUGGCUGCCCUUCCUGACUCCUAUUGGCUGACACUGCACGAUCGACUUUUACAGGUGAUAUCGAGCCCAGAAUUGACCAACUGGCCCUACUCAAACUCCCCCUUCCAGAUGUUCAACUUUGACAUGACACACAACUGUUUGCUGGAGAAUAAGUUCUCCUACACUCUGGCGACGGCACAUGCCAUGUGGCACCACGCUGGCAUCGGCCAGAUCGCCACCGUACCUCAGUUUGUGAAGGAGAAGCUAUCAGCAGCCAUCAGGACGGAGGAGCAGUUUCUGUUCUUGUGCCAUCUUGUCGGUCCGUUCCUGCAGCGGCUCAACACAGAGCGGCCUCGGUCCAUCGUGGAGAUCACAGCCACCCUGUACCACUUGUUGGACCAGGUGGACAAAAAUGUAGCUCACCUGCAGUAUAUUGACUCCAUAUGCGACUUGCUAUACCAUAUUAAGUACAUGUUUGUUGGUGACCUGAUGAGAGCCGACAUAGAGGGAAUCAUCAGAAGACUUCGGCCAGCACUGCAGAUGAGGCUUCGGUUCAUCGCUCAUCUGAACGUCGAUGAGAUCACAGAGAACAAAGCCGAGACACCGACAAGAUGAAAGAACUAAGCAAUUGUUCCCUGUAAUGAUUCUACAGACAGAAUCUGGAACGAUAUGUGGUCGUUUUCGGUAAAAGAUUGGUGUACACCAAUCUGAUAUAAACUAAAUACCUCGGUACUUUUUAUUUAUAUCUAUAAACAUCGUUACGUACCUAAAUAAAAAAAAUAAAUAAAUCGGGAAGUCAUGUCAAUAGUUGAUCAAUAAUCAUACUUUCAAAUGUUAAGUUCUUGUUUGCAAGAACUGGAUUAUAAGUGUGAGUUGGCCACCCAAAAGGAUAAUGACAGAAUUGUAUUUGGAAGUACAAAUAGUUUCCAUUUCUUCUAAUUUAAGAGGUGCUAUAUUUUGAAAUUGGCCAUGACAAUUGAUGUUAGGUUAAACAAUAUUUUUGUUUUCCAUCAGUGUGUACAUUUAAAAAAAAUUGUUGAUUUGUUAGUAUUAUUUUGCUUUGCAUUUACAAAUGUGGUUAGAUAAAUAAUAAUAAAAAAAAUGACUGUUCACAACCUAGUGGAGUUAUAAUUUGAAGACUGCGGGUAUGGGUAUUUUACUGUUUUAUAUCUAAUGGUUUUGAAAUAAAAUAAUAUUAGAUUUUAUCAAAGGUAGGGUCAAGGAUUAUUAUAGUUUUGCUUUUUGUUCAACCUUCCAUGUACUCCAUAUCUAGUACAGUAUUUUUAAUUAUUCUUAAUUGUUAAAAAUGGAUGUUAAAAAUAAGCAAGCCCCAGCCCCAUACACUAAGUUUAGACUGAAUAUAUUUUGAAUUAUUCUAACCGGUUUUUUUCUAUGAGAUUAUCAGUUAUUGAUAUUAGUUGUUGGCAUACAGUAGUUAGAUUGUGAUUAUUUUAGUUCUCUCUAGGAUCACUAUAAAAAAGACUUUGUACUGUAUUUUUAAUUUUAAGUGUUUAAUUUAGUGUAAAAAACUAUUCAUAAAUCUUCAAUUAAAAAUGUUUACUGUUUAUUUAUUUUGUGAUUAAAAUCUUUCAAAUACAACUUUUUAAAAGCAGACAACUUUAAAAAUAAUAUGUUUAAACUAAUUUAUUUUAGACCACUUUGAUUUUUUAAGUGAAAAAUCACUAUGGAUGUUUUUUGUACAAAUUAUUUACUUGCUGUGCAAACCUUUAUACUCAUAGUUUUAUUUUGAAGUGCAUGACAUGUUUUUUAACCGUCAACCUUAAAGUUAACCUAAACAUCAAUGAAGACUUCAUUCCAUUUUCUUAAUUGAUGAUUUCCUUUCUGACUAUUUUACUGUAAAUAUUAGCAUUAAAAUAUGAUUAAUGAAGGAUGUUAAUAAUAUAUCUACAGGAAAUGUAGCUUUUAUUUAUUAUAAAUAAAUUGUUAAAGCCUU